GGGAAUGACCUCACCCUCAUAGACCUGGAUGACCCCAUCAAUGAAGCUGAUGUUAUGAAGGAAGUCAGAUCCCAUAAAGAUCACAGAGAGGCUGAGAGACUAACCAAGUUGGACGAGGCUGUUCUAGAGACAGAUACCCCAACUCAGUCACAGGAGGUUGAAGGAGAGAGUGAGUUGGACGAAGCUGUUGCCAUCCCAUCUCAGUCACAGGAGGUUGAAGGAGAGAGUAAGUUGGACAAGGCUGUUGCCAUCCCAUCUCUGACAUCCUCCAGGGCCCGUCGGGCAUUUUGGAGGAGGCUGCUGUGAUAAAGCACCCAGAGAUGUCCACCUCGACAAUAUACAGAUCUCUGCUUCUCGACUCAUCUCUCGCCUCCUCUAAGAUGGUCACUGAGAGCAUUAUCUUCAACAACCCAUGUCCAUCAGAGGAGAAUGUGAGUAUUCAGAAGGAGCUCCCUGCUGAUAAAGUUAACAUCCUCCAUGGUCAACCAGUGGAGGAGUAUAUUGUCAAAGCUGAGCAAUGCAUCAUUCAGGUCAUUCAGGAUGCAGCUGUGACAUAUACUGCUGCGCUGGAUAGAACAGACUCUUGUGGGAAACUGUCGGAAAUCCUAUCUGUCCAUGUUUCCUCAGAGAAUAUUGAGGAGGCAUCCUCUGAUCUCUUUGGUGGAAUUAUUUCCGACCUGCAUGAGGUAUCUGAGGUCAAUAAGGCCUCCAUGCGUACGAAAUCAGGUCGAAAAAUGUUUUGGGUGGAAGUGAGUUCAGGUUCCCAGAUGAUUUAUACCAAAACCCUGGACAAACUAAGGAAGCUGUUCACCUCCCACCAUCUCACUGAGGGAAAAAAUACUCCUGUGCAAAUCGAGCUCUCUGCAACUGGACUACUUGUAACUGAGGCCACUGUGGAGGAAUCUCCUGUACAGAAGACAGACAGUAAGACCCCUUCUAUGUUCUCAGCCUCAGCCCACCAGCUCACCCUCGACACCUGCACUAAAGGGGUAAUCAAACAGGUGAUCUCGGUGCUGAGGGUGGACACUUCAAAGGAAGACUGCUCCGCUUCCGUUGGGGAGAGCACGUCAAAUUCAUCCUUUGACUUCAACCAGAAGUUGGACUCGAUAAUUUCGAAAUUGGAGGACCUCACCAUUUCGAGUGACGUGACGUCAGCCGAGAUUGCCACACUCACGCGAUCUCUUAGUGCAGCCAGCAGAACCUCUAACAUUUCCAUCCAGAGAUUUCACAGUGCUGAGUUCCGAGCUAAGGCCAAACACAUUGUGAGUGAGACCAUUCUCAGAGCUGCUAGCAAAGCCAGCCAUUCUUUGCUACAGAGCAUGCCUAGCACCACCUUCUCACACCAUGCGGUUUCUACAGCCGAAGAUAUAGUAAAUAUUAUCAUGCAAGACCUUGAAAGUGUAUCCCAGUACACUGUGGAUGACGCAGACUCCUUCCCACUAGGAGAGAAAAAGCUGGAGUCCCAGCUCAAACCCAGAGUUGUCUUUGACAACUUAUUGGAUGCUGCUCAAACCAUGUACCACAGAGUAAAGGAUAGACUGAACAUCUUUUUCUCUUUUCCACCAGUGUCAGUCACCACAGCCAAAUAUGUGCUGGACUCCACCCCCUGUGGAGACACUCAGACGUUCUAA